UGGAAUGCGGCUUUUAAUGGCAAACAAGACAACGACAUCCGGCGGUUUCACCGUUUUGUAACUGCAUUGCGCGCCUGUUGCGAUUCUGUGGAACAGACUUUCUCAACAAUUCUUUUCCUCUUCAUAGGCGCUAAUGGUGCCGUUAUCUUAGGGUUUUUCCAAGGCUUCACCAUACAACAACCAAGCGCAAUGCUCGUCGUGAUAAAUGUUGGGUCGUUUGCCUGGAAUUUGGCACAAAUCAUUGUGCCGAUUGUGUUUGCCAUCAAGACUCAAGAUCAGGUAGCCAGUCUUGUAAACACGUUGCGAGAACAGCUGGAAAUGGAUCCAAAUGGGAGUCCCUUGGAGGCUUACGCGAUGAGGAACAUGGAUAAUUUGAAGCACACAUUGACUUUACUGUCUAUAUCGCCUAUACGCCUAACGGCGGGAGCUGUUCUUUACCUUGACCGUGGAUUGAUGCUUGCGCUAUUUGGAUGCUUUGCGACGUACGUCCUGGUUAUCCGCGACCUUCUUAACGGAGAAAUCACGCAAACAAUGCUGUCCAACCAGAGCGUAAUUGAAGAAUUUGAAAUGAUGGAAUAA